UUUCACAUGCUGCGUGUAUUCUAUUCUUCAUAAUCACAUGAUUGAUGUUAGUUUAUUUAAAUAAUUUUAAGACACGUUAAUGACGUGUCCACGUGAUAAAGAGUUUUUUAACAGAAAAAAACAACAUCUCGUGUCUGUGUCUUUCUAUUGCGUAUGUGUACAUCUACUGCGGGGUCGGCAGACGCACAUCUGAUCUAUAGUCGGGAUUACCGGACCGUCUGUGUUGUUUGUCCUCCCUAAACGCACACUAUGGUGACACCGAUAUACCUCCUAUACUUGGUGGUAGCGGUCAGCGGUGUUGCUUUUGAAAAGGAAGUAGUCCCGAGUUGUGGACCAGAAGAGGAUUUAUGCGAAUUUCACUGGACAAUAGACUACAAGGAAACCAUGGUUUACUUUAAAAGAGACAGUCACGUAGGUGAACCAGUUGUCCUUGUAAACGAAACGCUUUACAAACGGACAUCAUGCAACACUCUCGAACCUAUAUCGGACGAAGAGCUACAGAACGUAACGACAGCAGACGGACGGUACAAAUCGGUGUACGCCAUAAACCAACAGGUGCCCGGACCUCCUGUAGUAGUCUACCAAGGUCAACAGGUCGUAGUACAUGUACAUAAUAAGCUGCUGUCCGAUGGUGUUACUAUACACUGGCACGGCCUUACCCAGAAGGGCACCCCCUGGAUGGAUGGGACGGGCUCUAUCUCCCAGUGCCCCAUAGACCCACACAGCACGUUUGUAUACAGGUUCAUGGCGGACGACGUAGGAACUUCGUGGUACCACGCCCACCACGGCAUGAUGAGGAACGAUGGUCUCGCCGGUCCCCUAAUAGUCCUCCCUCGGGAUAACGUGCGGGCCGAUAACGCGACUGCCACUGUUGAUAAACAGUACAUACUGUUCGUCCAAGACUGGUUCUAUAUGUCAGGUCAGGACAUCUACAGUUACUUCAGCGCCUAUCUUAACCCGUACUUCAAUGGACUUGACAAAGAAGGUUGCACUAAACCUGGAAAUGGUCAGAAUGGGGAAAUAAUUGGAGAUAUUCCAUUUGAGUCUGCUAUUAUCAACGGAAAAGGAAGAUACAACGAAAGUAUUGGUGGACUACCUUACGAAUCGUUCACCGUAAAAACUGGUGGCGUGUAUCAGUUUCGUAUCAUCAACGCCGCCAUGGUUUAUGCCUUCCGAGUGUCAGUAGACCAGCACCCUUUGACAGUGAUAUCUACUGACGGAAAUGACGUCACAGAAUUCGAAGCCGAAUCUGUUGUGGUGCAUAGUGGUGAACGUUUUGACGUCAUAAUCCGUGCAGACCAGCGACCGGGUUCCUACUGGAUACGCACAGAAACCUUGGAUACUCCAUUGAAAGGAGAGACAUCGUCCCCUAGCUCAGGCUUAGCCGUGCUACAGUACCAGGACGCCGAUCCUGUACUGCCACAAUCACAGAAGGCCGUCUGUGAGAAGAACAGUCCGUGUAAGGUCGUCAACUGCCUAUUCCUGUACAGCUCUAAGUAUAACAUACAGUGUACGUCUGUGGCGGAUCUAAGGGCCACACCAGAGGGACAAACCAUCAACCCCGUACCUACUGUCACCUCGACAGAGAGGUUUCAGGAACUCUUCCUUAACUUUGUUUAUGCAAGGAGUAGAACACCUAUAUCCGCGGCUGUCAACAACAAGGGUUUUGUGAGGCCUUCUGUACCACUCCAGACGUACCCUGUCGGUGACGGAGUGUUCACAGAGUGUCCGGAGCACUGUGACAAGUACUGCACGUGUACGCACGUGAUCAAACUGGGCAUGGGUAACACGGUCCAACUAGUUCUUCUCAACAUGAACGAUAGUCCUUAUGGCCUAACGCACCCGAUCCACAUCCACGGUCAUCAUGCACACAUAAUAAAAGUGGUGUAUCCGGAAUACGAUCAACAGAAUGGAAAGAUAUUAGAACGUAGCCAGGACAUCCGGUGUGACACUCCAAAUUGUAAUAACGCCACGUGGAGUAACUCCUCGUGGCAGUUUGGUAAUGUCCCAGGCGUUAAUCUAGACAAUCCUCCCCAGAAGGACACCGUCAGCAUACCCAGACAGGGCUAUGUUGUCAUGCGUAUGACUGCAGACAAUCCGGGUUACUGGUUCCUGCACUGCCAUAUUGAAGUCCAUCAGACAGCAGGAAUGACCCUGGUUUUGCAGGAUGGAGAGAUUACCGACAUGCCAGCUCUACCCGUGGGAUUUCCCACCUGUGGAGAUUACAGACCAGCCACUGAAACAAAGUUGACUGAUAAUACCAGUCUUUCGACACGUUUAGGUUCCAGGCCGUCUGUAUCGGCAUCAGACAAUGACGGGAGUGCGUGUGUCACCUCUAACAAGGCUGAUAAGAUCAGCGCUGUGGACCAGAGGACCAGUUAUAUUCUCCUCAUCUGUAUCCUCGCGGUCACCAACGUUGCCUCGCUCAUUGUCGCGUGUGUGGGGAAGCGCAGACGUACUAAAAUAAGCUUUGUUCUUAAAGCUCCGUCUUACAGACGACCAAUUGAAAUCAAUGAUAAACCGGAACCGGAAGUUUUCUUCUCUAAAAAUGAUGAACUUUGUAGCUCAAAAGAAAAGCUCUUACUUACAUAACUCUAGCAUUUCAAAUUCUGAGCUAAACGUUAUUGAUGUUAUAACAAUGUAAACAUAAUACUGUAAUUAUUUAUGUCGAAUGAUCGAGCAUAUUAUCAAUCAAAGUUUUUUUUAAAUGUAACAUGCAUACCUUAUCUUGAUAGGCAAAAUAUCUUUCUUUAAAAUCGAAGUGUCCCUGAAACUGCUAUUAGAAUUUAAAUCGAAGAAAAAUGUGCAAAAUAUUACAAAGGAAAGAUUAACACGGAGGCUUUUGAAAAGUAAGAGUGGAGUUAAACCAGGUGUUUCGGAAACAUAAGCAUCAUUUGCUUUAUCAACGUCAUAAGCCAUGUUAAUCUUGGUCAAAUCCAAGUAAUUUCACGUCUUAAUAGCGAGAACCUGGUGAAUGACAACGAAUUAAAAAAGGAACACUAAUGAAAAUCAGCAAAAUAAAUGACAUUCAUUUUAUUCAAACUAAUAGCAUAUUUAGCAAUGGGGUCAUGACGGUUUCCAUAAAACGUUCGCACAGCCUUCUUUAACAUAAAUAUUUGGAACACUGAUGUGUGAGUUUGUCCGUCAGCAGUUAACAUCUAUAAUGAUAAUCAUGAUAUUCGGAACAAGAUUUUUUUGAAUACCGAAUCAACUGUUGGAUGUUAGCAUCGAAGAAAAGGGACGUAGUAAUGCUUAAAGGUGAAAGUUCAAGAUAUUUAAAUCGAAACCCCUAUUGGUCACGUUAUGGUAAAGAUCGAGAAAAACGGCUAAAGUAUCAUAUUAAGUAUCUUGAUAUUGUUUUGCUGGUAGAAAUUGUAUUCAGAUACGGACAUUAUAAUCCGUAAAAAUGAAAAGGAAAUUGUACAAUGCUCCCAUCCCUACCAACCUGUAUGUAAUAGUUAAAUUUAUUUCGUUUUUGUAUUUGUAUCCGCGCAUUUAAAUUCUCGACGAGAAAAUUAUAAUCUUUAAACAAGUUAUAUAACUAUAAUAAUAUGUUCUUCAG